AUCUCCAGUGGGAAGGCUACUAGGAUCCAAUAAAACUUAUCGGAUAUUCAGACAAAAUUACUAUUUUUCGGUAAUUUCACCCGCGCUCAAACUGAUGCAGAAUGGCUGCCCGUUUCCAUUACGCGUGCCUCCUGGUGCCUGUUGCGUUUCAUUUCCUGCUGGUGCCCUCGCCCUGCUCCGCCAGCGUCACCAGGAAGUGCGGCUCCAUCUUCCAGGGCUUCGCCACCUGCCUGCUGGCCUUGGGAGAUAGCCUGUCCCAGAGCUCCACCAAAGACGAGAGCACGCAGGAGAUCGACAGCAUAUGCAGGUCCUGGGAUGAGUUCCACACGUGUGCUAACACGGCCAUGGCUGGCUGCCCUGAAGACGCGGCGGCAGUCUGGGAGUCCCUGCGGCAGGAGUCCAAGAAGAUGCAGUUCUCAGGCAACCUCUACGACAUGUGCGCCAACCGUGCCCAGCAGUUGGCCACCACGGCUGCCCAGAACCAGGCCAACCCGGGCGAGACCAAUCAGGAGUCUCUAAAGGGACGCGCCAGUCGCGCCCACCCUUCCCACUACGCGCUCGUCUCGUCCUGCGUAGCCCUGCUGUUGGUGUUAGUGAGGAUAUAGCCGAGUGCCGCUGGGUGGUGCGACGGACUCAACAGACAUGGGAUCUCUCCUGGGGAAGGUUGUGUGGACAUUGUGCUGCUGCGGCUGGGAAGAGUGUUGGGAGGGAGGUGCAGUGGUGCAGCAGUGCAUUGCUUUGUGAAAACUUCAGUCGCUCUUUGGUUUAAUGCAUCUUAAUUCACAGCUUUUUUUAUUUUGUUUGCUUGAAAUUGUGAUUUUCAGUAGGUCCCCAAUGUGCAACACUUUCUCAAACAAAUGCACACUCAUAGACACACACACACACACACACACACACACACACACACACACACACACACACACACACACACACAAACACACACACACACAUCCAUCUGUCUACACACUCAAACACUUUCAGCAAUACAUUAGCAUGCAAACAGCCUUUCCCUUACCUGAGGCUCUUUUAAAAGUUUGACUGAAUUUCCUUGGGGGAUGCUUAGUGUUGGUGUUGAAUAAAGCACCACUGAUAUGUAAACAUAAAUAUUAACCUUUCUGGUAGAAAAUGUAUCCCAGACGUAGGAGUUUUGCAUUACAGAAUCUCUGUGUAUUUGAGAUAUUCCAAACAACUGGUGCGCUCAUAAUUAACCUAAUAAGGAUGUAUACUUAUGCAUAGACUGAGAUUAGAUCUCUAGUUGUAUACAAAACAAAAAGCAUUCCUGAGUUCCCCUGGCAAGAGAAUGAACAGGAGAUUAAACAAGGGAUGCAAAUAAGGCUUAACUCAUAUUUUCAUAUUAGACCUUUUGUUAUUCUAUAGAGGCAUGAGACAUGGUGCAAUUGGAAGUAAGAGAUGCCCAGAACGAACCGUGUCUGCAGACAAGGGGUCCAGACACACAAGGUCACUGAGUUUCAGAAAGUUUGUUCAGAAUGGCCAAGAGACUUGUAGCCCAUUUGCACGGUGCUGAUCUGUGGUAAGAUAUGUUUUUUUCUCUUUAAAACACAGAAGAAGAGACUUCAGAGUCUGUAUAUGACAGUUUGGGGAUAAUGCAAUACUGUACCAAUGCAAUAAUUGAAUUCAAUCAGACCAAACUGAGCCCAGCAAGUUCUAUUGCCAGGUACUGUUUUUUUUCCCUCAGCAUAGCAAUAAAUAAAGUCACAACCAGAGAUUUUUUCUGAACAUAAUCUUUAACAAUAUUUCUACAUCAGCAUUGAUUAUUGAUCAGGUGUUGAGGAUAAAGUUGUGGAGUCUUCAGCAUUUUUACCUGUGAUGACCUGAUGAGAAAUCACUCUGUGUUAAUCAGUCUGUGUGCUUCUCUAUCAGACAUGAUGAUGCAAUCACAAUCCUGUAUGGGGUAGGUGGAUAUAUGCUCCUCACAUUUAAAGAACUGCUUACAAUCAUCAUACUGAGCAGCAGAGAAGGAUACAGGCUAACUGUAUACAGUUUUUUUGUUGAUAUUUCUUGAGUUUCUAAGUUCUGGUCAUGUUUUUUUUUUUUUCUCUCUCCUUGCCUCUGCAUUGCGCAACUCAGCAGCUUUGCCAGUCAAUUUUAUUUGCAGUUGAUUUUCAUUUUUUAAUUGGCAAUUAAUCACUGUUCCCAGCACUGCUGCAGCGGCCAAUUCAGUCUUUUACAGAACAUUUUCCAAAGGAGAAGACCUUCACCUGUACACAUAACUUACAACAACAUGUAAAUAUGCUUUGUAAAAAGUAACUUGCACAUAGUAAAUUGAAUUAAUUAUAUUUAAGAUGUACAACAAAAUACAUACUGUUGAACAAUUCAAUGUAUUUUUUAUUUAAUCUACAGGAAAAGAAUGUAUGUACAUUGCUUAGUCUUUUGUUGAUGUCUUACAAUGUUAUACUAUGUUGUUCUGUUUUUUGCAUCUGAGAAAACGUCUUGCAAAAGAUAUAACAUUGCAAGGGGGCUUUGAUGUCAUUCCAGUACUCCCUCUCGCUCACAGCAAAUUAGAUUUUUUUUUUUUCUCUAUUUGGUGUCUUUUGUAAAAUAGGCAUGCAUAUUAUAUGUUAACACAAAAAAAGUGCAUAAAAAGUAAUGUCUUUUAUAUAUACCCACUGUGCAUUGUUCACAAUUCUUUGGAGAAUGAAGCUAAAAUGAGACAAAGGGCGCAAAGUUCAUAUGACUUUUUCAUCCUUCACUUUGAAGCUUGGAUUCUUUUAUUGUACAGCAUAUCCAUCAAACAGAAUGUUUAUAUAAGAGGCCGUAGAUUAAAGGGAUUUUCUGAG